UAAAAAAAAAAGUUGUUGACAUUUUCAAAUGUUUUGUUUAUAUUAAGUAAUUUUAGUUAUAAAUUAAACAAAAACAAAUAAUCGACAAUUGCAUAUUAAUUUAUCAAUUCUUGGAAAAAGAAUAAAUCAUUUUAAAAAUAAUGUACAAUUUAUAAUUUAUUGAUUUAUAAUCAAAAAUGGGUUUAAGAUUUUUAAUAUUAAAAUCUCGAAAAUUUAAUAUUAAUAAUCAAAUAACUACUGCAUUAUGUACAAAUUCAACUGAAAUUUUACAUAAAAAUGAGGACAAUGAUUGGAAAAAAGAAUUACAAGGAACAAUGAAAGUUUUUGCAAAUUUUAUAAGUGAAGAAGAAGAAAAUUCAAUUCUUAAAGAAAUGGAGCCUUAUUUAAAACGUUUACGAUAUGAAUUUUCUCAUUGGGAUAACGCAAUUCACGGAUAUCGUGAAACAGAACGUUCUCAAUGGAAUGAAGAGAAUUCGAGAAUAAUUGAUAAAGUUCGAAAAAAGGCAUUUCCACCUGGAACACCACAAUUAGCUUACGUUCAUGUUCUUGAUUUAACUGCCGAAGGAUGGAUUAAACCACAUGUCGAUAGUAUUCGGUUUUGUGGUGACAUUAUUGCCGGUAUCAGUUUAUUAAGUGAUUGCGUUAUGCGUCUCACAUCAGUUGAUAUUGAAGAACAAAAGGAGGAUUUUCUUCUUCCAAGAAGAUCUCUUUAUAUAAUGAGUGGAGCGGCAAGGAAUAAAUAUAAUCAUGAGGUUCUAAAAGAUGCAGAUUCAUUUUUUAAAGGUGAAAAAAUUCCCCGAGGUAGACGUAUUUCCGUAAUAUGUCGUUGUGAACCAAAUGCUCGAGAUAAGUAGUUCAUAGAGUUUUAAUUUUACUGUACAUAGUAUGUAAAUAAAUAUUUAAUUUAAAAAUUA